AUGUCACGAUUAAACAAAUUCACGUUUAAUAUUCAUUCAUCAAGUUGUUUUUAUGAUCAAAUUAAUUUAUCGUCGAAUGAAGAUACUCAAAAGACAUUUAGAGAUUUUAACAACAAAAUUGUCUAUGGUGUUGAUUAUUUUCCAAAGGCAAAUUAUGGUCAAUGUCAUAUUUAUUCAUAUCCAUAUAAACUGAACUAUUACGAUAAUAUAACAAAUAAUUUUCCAGAUGGAAUAUUUACAUGCGUUCGUAAAAUGUCACUAUUUGACGAACAUCCUUUUGAACAUGAAUUUUUUCUUCGACUUGCUCAAUCAUUUCCAUUGAUAGAAGAGUUAACUGUAAAUAAUCAAAGAAACGACAAAUUAAUAAACGAUUUAGAAAGUCAAAGAAUGAUCAUCAAGAUUUACCAAUCAUUAAAUAUCCUUAUCUUAAAGAGCUUAAUCUUACUAAUACUUGCAAAGAUUAUUAUGAACAGUUCUUACUCGAUACCAAAACGUGUUUACCAGUUGGCAUUAGUAUUUAUAUGGAUUAGAAACUAGUGA